AAUUAAUAAUAGUAGUAAUAAAUUCAUAAUUAAUUCUACUAAUACAUAGAGUAAUAUUCCGGCAUCUAUCUUUUUCUUCUCUUCUCUCAUAGUAUUUUUUAGGGUCCAAUUCAUUUCUCUUCUCACAACUAUCACCGUCCGAUACAUCUUUCCUUUCCCAAUCUCAACCGUUAAUUCUGUCCCGUUCCCUCUAUGUAUUAUUCCACACAACCAUUUCCUCUUUCCUUCUCCGAUUGGCCCCGUCGGCGGUAACCUUCUUCUACCUUCAUCUUCAUGCCACGUGUCACUCAAUCCAACGAUUUCACUCUCGAUCUGUUACAACUAACUACCAAAUAAAUCCCGAGAUCUUCGGUAACCGUUUCAAUCCAUCCAUAACCGUUUUCGGUUAUAGAAGAAAAAGACACGUGUACCACCGUCAUCGGAAGAAUGAGUGCAAGAUUAACCGACGUAGUUCUCGACUGUGUGAUGCCGUACAUCCACGACGCAAAAGACAGAGACGCAGUUUCACAGGUCUGUAAACGAUGGUACGAGAUCGAUUCAUCAACUCGAAAGCACGUGACGAUUGCUUUGUGUUACACAACGACGCCGGAUAGACUCCGGCGACGGUUUCCUCAUCUUGAAUCGUUGAAACUGAAAGGAAAACCUAGAGCGGCGAUGUUUAAUUUGAUACCGGAAAAUUGGGGAGGUUUUGUUACUCCUUGGGUUAGAGAAAUUGAGAAGUAUUUUGAUUGUUUGAAAUCGUUACACUUUCGGAGAAUGAUUGUUACUGAUGAUGAUCUUUCGAUUCUUGCUCGGUCUCGUCAUCAGAGUCUUCAUGCUCUUAAGCUUGAAAAGUGUUCUGGAUUUUCUACUGAUGGACUUUACACUAUUUGUCACACUUGCAAGAAUUUAAGAGUCUUGUUUAUGGAGGAAAGCUCAGUUAUUGAGAAUAAUGGUGAAUGGCUGCAUGAGCUUGCUUUGAAUAACACCGUUCUUGAGACACUGAAUUUUUACUUGACUGAUAUUAACAAUAUCAGAAUUCAGGACCUUGAACUUAUAGCGAAAAACUGCCCCAACUUGGUCUCUGUUAAAAUUACUGAUUGUGAAAUCUUGAAUCUGGUGAACUUCUUUCGAUAUGCAUCUUCUCUUGAAGAAUUUUGUGGAGGUUCCUACAAUGAAGAUCCAGAAAAGUACACUGCUGUAUCAUUACCAGCAAAGUUAAAUCGAUUGGGUUUGACAUAUAUUGGAAAGAAUGAAAUGCCAAUUGCGUUCCCUUAUGCAGCCCAAUUGAAAAAGUUGGACCUUCUCUAUGCAAUGCUGGAUACGGAGGAUCAUUGUACAUUAAUCGAGAAAUGCCCCAACUUGGAAAUCCUUGAGUCAAGGAAUGUAAUUGGAGACAGAGGAUUAGAAGUACUUGCUCGCUGUUGUAAGAAGCUGAGAAGGCUAAGAAUCGAAAGAGGUGAUGAUGAUCCAGGAAUGGAAGAUGAAGAAGGUGUUGUUUCCCAAAGAGGACUAAUUGCCUUAUCACAGGGCUGUCCAGAACUUGAAUACAUGGCUGUUUAUGUAUCCGACAUCACAAAUGCAUCUCUAGAACACAUUGGUACUCACUUGAAAAACCUCUGCGAUUUUCGCCUUGUCUUGCUAGACCGAGAGGAGAGGAUAACCGAUUUGCCACUUGACAACGGUGUGAGGGCUUUACUGAGAGGUUGCGAAAAGCUUAGAAGAUUUGCUCUAUAUCUCAGACCUGGAGGCUUAACUGAUGUAGGCUUAGGCUACAUAGGACAAUACAGUCCAAACGUGAGAUGGAUACUUCUCGGUUAUGUCGGCGAAACUGAUGCAGGGCUCUUGGAAUUCUCCAAAGGUUGUCCAAGUCUACAAAAACUUGAAAUGCGAGGAUGUUCAUUUUUCAGUGAAUAUGCAUUAGCUGUUGCUGCAACUAGAUUAAAAUCUUUGAGGUAUCUUUGGGUACAAGGAUAUGGAGCAUCAUCUUCUGGGCGCGAUCUUUUGGCAAUGGCGCGACCCUAUUGGAAUAUUGAGGUGAUUCCUUCGAGACGUGUGGUUGUUAACAAUCAACAAGAUGAGUCUGUUGUCAUGGAGAUGGAGCAUCCAGCUCAUAUUCUUGCUUAUUACUCCCUUGCUGGACCAAGAUCAGAUUUUCCUGAUACUGUUAUACCUUUGGAUCCUGCUGCUGCACCAUCAUAUGUUAACACCUAAAGUUGUAUUUGUAUAUACCAAAUUUCCCCCCUUUUUUUGAAGUCCUUUUUUCUUUUUAUUUCAUUUGAAAAUGUUGUAUGUUUUUGAAGUGUUUCUUCAGCUAGAGGGUUUCAAUUUUCACUGCAAAAAUCCUAGAUAUUAGUAUUGUAAUAAGCUUGUAUUCUUUCUUUUUUGUAAUUCAGAUAUAUGCUUCUACCAACUCGUGCGGCUAAUUGUUUUUUCCCAUUGAAGAUGCUCAUUUUUGUGAAUAUAUAUGGUUAGGAUUGUUUUCAUUUA